AUGGCUGGGUUGCUGGUUUUCGACGCUCCGCUCCGCCUACAAGCGCGAUUGAGAAGGUCUUUUUUGAAGUUAUGGAGGUGGAACCAUUCGAUAGCGCAGAGCAAGAGUGCCAAUGGUGGGAGUAGCUUCCGUCUAGAUUCACUUGUGCCCGGCGAGGACCCGGCCAAGAUUGAAGCUGUGCUCCAGGCAGCGGCGGCAGCGGCCAUGAGGAUGCCACGACUGGAAACAAUGGAGAUCUGGAAUGGGGGGAGGGGGGUGGCGGCUCUCUUCCAGUAUCAGGCGCUUCGCCGUCAAGAGCAAGCUAAGAUUGUUUGGAGAGGCACAUGGAGAUUGGCACCGGAACGAUGCGCAACCCAGGCUUGGGAAGCUGUCAUGCAUCAGUAUGCCGGCCGGAAACUCGAUUGGUUCAGGAACAGCUGGAUGGAGCUGUCGUCAAGUCUCACGGUGAUGCAAUCCACAUGUUGA